AUGUUUGACGUCUCAGACCUCAAUCCAGAGGAGAGCGAGCUGAGCUGGCUUUCCUACACCCCGACACACGACAGUGAUGUGAAGGCUCAGGGGGCCUGGCCCAGCCCUCUCCACCACGGUGUGUGGGGACAGAGCAGAGCUCUCAAUCCCAUUGACAUAGAUCGCGCACCAAGAAUUCAGUUCAGGUUCUUGGCAAAUGGGCAUCAGCAUCACCCAUUAGCCAACAGGAUGGAGAUCACAUCUUUAAAUUCUCUGAAGCAGCCAUCACUGUGCAAGGAUGGAGAAGAGUGUCAAGAAAAUGGAAUUCUACAGAAGGGUGUCCCCACCCCUGGGGAUAAGAAGGAGUCCGGCCAGGCCUCUAACGGGUACUCAGUGGUGCUGAGCCUCAGUGCAGGAGAUGACACUCCGCACUCCAUUCCAGCUGCCACCACCGCCCUAGUGGGGGCGUUCCUUAUCCCCUACACCAUCAUGGCCAUUUUUGGGGGGAUCCCACUCUUCUACAUGGAGCUUGCGCUGGGCCAGUACCACCGAAACGGGUGCAUUUCAGUAUGGAGAAAAAUCUGCCCGAUUUUCAAAGGGAUUGGUUACACCACCUGCAUCAUUGCCCUUUACACUGCCUUCUACUACAACACCAUCAUGGCCUGGGCACUCUACUACCUCAUCUCCUCCUUCACCGCCCAGCUGCCCUGGACCAACUGCAAGAACUCCUGGAACACUGCCAACUGCACCAACUACUUCUCGGAGGACAACAUCACCUGGACACUCCACUCCACGUCCCCUGCGGAGGAAUUUUACACGCGCCACAUCCUGCAGAUCCACCGCUCUACGGGACUCGAGGACCUGGGCAGCAUCAGCUGGCAGCUUGUCCUCUGCAUCCUGCCAAUCUUCGCUGUUAUCUACUUUAGCAUCUGGAAAGGCGUCAAAACAUCUGGCAAGGUGGUGUGGGUGACAGCUACCUUCCCUUACAUCGUCCUUGUGGUCCUGCUAGUGAGGGGGGCCACCCUCCCUGGAGCCUGGAGGGGUGUUCUCUUCUACUUGAAACCAAACUGGCAGAAACUCCUGGAGACAGAGGUGUGGGUAGCUGCUGCCUCUCAGAUCUUCUUCUCUCUUGGUCCUGGCUUUGGGGUCCUACUGGCUUUUGCUAGCUACAACAAGUUCAACAACAACUGUUAUCAAGACGCCCUGGUGACCAGUGCGGUGAACUGCAUGACCAGCUUGCUCUCGGGGUUUGUCAUUUUCACGGUGCUUGGAUAUAUGGCUGAGAUGAGGAAGGAAGAUGUGUCCGAGGUGGCCAAGGAUGCGGGCCCCACUCUCCUCUUCAUCGCAUACGCAGAAGCCAUCGCCAACAUGCCGGCGUCCACAUUCUUUGCCAUCAUCUUCUUCUUGAUGUUAAUCACACUGGGCUUGGAUAGCACAUUUGCAGGCUUGGAGGCGGUGGUCACCGGUGUGCUGGAUGAGUUUCCCCACAUCUGGUCCAAGCGCCGGGAGUUGUUUGUGCUUGGUGUGGUCAUUACCUGCUUCUUUGGGUCCCUGGCCACCCUGACCUUUGGCGGGGCCUACGUGGUGAAGCUGCUGGAGGAGUACGCCACGGGGCCCGCGGUGCUCACCGUUGCCCUGUUAGAAGCCAUUGCUGUGUUUUGGUUCUACGGCAUCACUCAGUUCUGCAGCGAAGUGAAGGACAUGCUGGGCUUCAGCCCUGGGUGGUUUUGGAGGAUCUGCUGGGUGGCCAUCAGCCCUCUGUUUCUUCUGUUUGUCAUUUGCAGUUUUUUGAUGAGCCCACCACAGCUACGACUUUUCCAGUAUAAUUAUCCUCACUGGAGUAUCAUCCUGGGUUACUGCAUCGGAACCUCGUCUUUCAUCUGCAUCCCCAUAUAUAUGACUUACCGGCUGAUCAUCACUCCAGGGACACUGAUGGAGCGUAUUAUUAGAAGUAUCACUCCAGAAAAACCAAGAGAAACUCCCUGUGGGGACAUCCACUUGAAUGCCGCAUAAGACGCUUCAGGGAGAGGAAAGUAGCUUCCCAGCAACCUCUGCCCCCAGUUCUGACAAGUCCCACCUCAUCUCCUCCCUCUAAGUGAAUGAGUUUCCAGCUCAGCCUGACAAUGGAAGGGCCUUCUUCACAGAGACUCAGCCCCAAAAGACUGUGGUACCCAGACGCUUACGGCCUCCAGCCACUUGUUGCUGUGAGGUCUCCUGGACAGAUUACCACGUUAGACUCUGUGAUGCAGCUGAACUGGACUAUCUUGGAUGCAUGAGGGUGUGUAUGGAGGUGAUGAGAACCACCAUGUACCAGUUAGGGUUAGGACUAGAAUCAAGUCUGUGAAUGUCUCCUGUAUCAUUUGUUGUUAUGAUCAUUAGUAUUGUGGGGGGAUAGUAAGAAGCUAGGGAAAUUCCUUGACAAG